CCGCCACGAGCCUGCGUACCGUCGUUGUCAGCAGCGCUUCGACAAGCGCCACUCCGUUGACCUCCAUGUGCCCUGAGAUUGGCGAUUUUGGCAAGUUUACGCUGAAGUGGGAUGAUGUGCCUGGAUGGAGCCCCGAAGACAACAACACCUACACCUUCCCUCCGGUCUGGAACCCCUACCACCACCUAAUCUUCGCCAACGGUUACGGCUACGUCCCUCCUCCGAACGAGCCCUUCAAGCCCGUCUCUGCGCCUCACAUGGCUAUCUUCCUGCCCAACCAGACCACGACCGCCCUCGAGCACCCUCAUGCUGGUAUCCUUCCUCCUGGUGGCAUCGGUGCGGGUCCUCGGGCCUCGCAGAGCGCGUGGUGGUUCGAUGUGUACAGCUCGUACUUUGCUUGCGACACUGCCACGGAGCCAUGCACGAUUCAGGCGAUCGGUUACCAGUACAAACCCAACAUCAAGGAGGAGUACCCGCGCGUGAUGCAGAACUUCUCAAUCCCGGCCUGUCCCAAGAACUUCACGACCGAGUGCGAGCUGAAGAAGGUCGACUUCGAGCCCGGGUUCCGGGCUCUUUCCAGCAUCCAGUUCCAGGCCUUCUUCGAGGGCAACUCGAGCCGCCAGGUGUUCGUCAUGGACGACUUGGCGCUGGGCUGGGCCAACAACACUUGCGAGGCUGGGCUGAUGCGCUUGCGCAAGAAGUAGGCGGCGGGUGCGGGGAUGCGGGGAUGGCCGCGCAGG